AUGGCUAAGGAUCCCUGGGCCACUGUCUGCAGUAACAAGCAGCACAGCGACCUUCAGACAGAUCCUUUGCCUCAGAUUUUAUCUCAUAGAAAAAUCAAGACCACUCACGGAGACCUCCUGGACAACUAUGUGGCUACGCAGGGGGCGUCGCUGUUUACUUUGAGUAAGAAGCGGCUGGAGGCAGGAAGUAUAGCAGAUUGUGCGGCAAAAUGUGAGGAAGAAACAGAAUUCACUUGCAGGUCGGUCCAGUAUCACAGCAAAGAGCAACAAUGUGUGUUAAUGGCUGAAAACAGCAAAUCUUCCCCACUCUUCAGGAUGACAGACGUGGUUUUAUUAGAAAAGAGAAUGUAUCUUUUGGAGUGCCGGACUGGAAAUGGAAAGAACUACAGAGGGACAGUCUCCAAAACGAAAACCGGGACUACCUGUCAAAAAUGGAGUGACACCUCUCCACACGUGCCUAAGUACUCGCCUGCUUCGCACCCGUCAGCAGGGCUGGAGGAGAACUACUGCAGGAACCCCGACAAUGAUGAGAAGGGGCCCUGGUGUUACACCACAGACCCUAAACUCAGAUUUGACUACUGUAGCAUCCAUGAGUGUGAAGAAGAAUGUAUGCAUUGCAGUGGGGAGAACUACGAGGGCAGAAUUUCCAAAACCAUGUCUGGUCUUGAAUGCCAGCCCUGGAACUCCCAGAGCCCGCACAGUCACGGAUACAUCCCUUCCAAAUUACCAAGCAAGAACUUGAAGAUGAAUUACUGUCGUAACCCUGAUGGGGAGCCCCGCCCAUGGUGUUUCACCAAGGACCCCAACAAACGCUGGGAGUUCUGUAACAUCCCACGCUGUUCAACACCCCCACCAACUUCUGGCCCCACAUAUCAGUGUCUGAAGGGUACAGGUGAAAACUAUGUAGGAAAUGUGGCCGUCACUGUCUCCGGAAAUACUUGUCAGCGCUGGAGUGAACAGACCCCUCACAAGCACAACAGGACCCCAGAAAACUUCCCCUGCAAAAAUCUGGAUGAAAACUACUGCCGUAACCCUGAUGGAGAAACGGCUCCAUGGUGCUAUACAACCAACCCUGAAGUGAGGUGGGAAUACUGCCAGAUACCAUCCUGUGACUCCCCUCCAUCCACAGACCAUCCGGACACCUCAGUACUACCUGAACAGACUCCCGUGGUCCAGGAAUGCUACAAGGGCAAUGGAGAGAGUUAUCGAGGCACAUCAUCCACGACUAUCACAGGAAAGAAAUGUCAAUCUUGGUCAUCUAUGACACCACACCGGCAUGAAAAGACCCCCCAGAAAUUCCCAAAUGCCGGCUUGACGAUGAACUACUGUAGGAAUCCGGAUGGUGACAAAAGCCCUUGGUGCUACACCACUGACCCAGAAGUCAGGUGGGAGUUCUGCAACCUUGAAAAAUGCUCAGAGACAGGAGAGAGUGCCGUAAACGUUCCGACUGAAACCCAAGUUCCAAGUGUGGAGGCUACUUCGACACAAGGUAAGGUGUUGGUUCAGACAUCUAUAUGCUUGAGCAUCGGGAUGAAGAGAUGGGCAAGCCUACAAUGCAGAAGACCAUUGCUCCGGGGAGCUGGAGUGCUGGCGAAGUUUGGAGGAUACAAUUGCUACCAUUCAUUCCUUCAAGCACGGUUCUUUUCCCCACUUUGUGCCAUAGCGCCUGCUUCAUUUGACUGUGGAAAGCCCAAGGUGGAGCCGAAGAAGUGUCCUGGAAGGAUCGUGGGUGGGUGUGUGGCCAACCCACAUUCCUGGCCCUGGCAAAUCAGCCUUCGGACAAGAUUCGGGCAACACUUCUGUGGAGGCACUUUAAUAGCCCCGGAGUGGGUGUUGACGGCUGCCCACUGCCUGGAGAGGUCCUCAAGGCCUGCAUCGUACAAGGUCAUCCUGGGUGCACACCAAGAGGUACGCCUUGAACCAGAUGUUCAGGAGCUAGGAGUGUCAAAGCUGUUCUUGGAGCCCUCACGGGCAGAUAUCGCCCUGUUGAAGCUGAGCAGCCCUGCCAGCAUCACUGAUAAGGUAAUCCCAGCUUGUCUGCCACCCGCAAAUUAUGUGGUCGCCGGCCGGACAGUGUGUUUCAUCACCGGCUGGGGAGAAACCCAAGGUGAGAUAAAUUCUAUGACUCACAUAACGAAUUGAUUUUGACCUGUAGUC